AUGGUCGCUCUCAAGUACUCGGCUCUUGCCGCUCUGGCGCUUCGUGUUGCCUCCGUCUUCGCCCAGGAACACUCUCCUAUCGACGAGGACGCCGGUAACCCUGAGAACACCCCCGAGCUCCGUGCCGAUAUCUCUGCCACCUUCCCCGAGGCCGACAUCUUUGGCGUCAAGCUGGUCAACGGACGUCCCACCAAGGCCGUGAUCGAGAUUGCCAACCACGAGGACGAGCCCAUCCAGUUCGCCUUUGUCGGUGGCUCGCUUCACACCCUGCAGCCUCUGCCCGAGAAUGCCCACCCCUCGGUCGGCAUUGUCCGCAACCUGAGCACUGUCCGCUACGAUGCCAUCAUCCCCGCUGGCGAGACCCAGUCGCUGCCUUACUCGUUCGUUCUGGACAUGAACCCCCAGGACCUUCGUCUCUCCCUUGGUGCCGUCGUUUCUACCCAGAGCGGCAACAUCUUCCAGAUUGGCGUUACCGAGCAGACCGUCAGCAUUGUCGAGGCCCCCACCAGCAUCUUUGACCCCCAGAUCAUCUUCUUGUACCUCGUCCUCGGUGCCGCUUUCUCUGGUGUCUCUUACUUUGUCUACAAGACUUACAUUGAGGCCUUCUUCCCCCAGGCCAAGAAGCAGAGAGCUCCCAAGAAGGCCAAGGUUGUCGAGGCCGAGCCUCUGUCUGGCGGCGAGGGUGUUGCCACCGGUGCCGAGAAGUUCGACGCCAGCUGGAUUCCCGAGGACCACAUCAACCGCCCUGUCGCCAAGCGUGUCAAGAGCGGUGCCAGCCAGAAGAAGAAGACUGCCGAGUAG